GGUGGUGGUGGUGGUGGGGGGCUUUCGAUGGAUUUCUACGCGUGUCCUUCCGGGCUCCGCGCCCCUCUCGCGUCCGCCAUCGGCGACUCCCUCGAGCGGGUCCGGCGAAUGUGCGGCGCCGCCGUGUCCGCCGCCGUCGGCAACGUCUUCUCCGCCAUCUUCACCUUCUUCUUCGCUCUGGUUGGUACUCUGUUGGGAGCCAUGACUGGGGCUCUGAUAGGCCAAGAGACCGAGAGCGGGUUCGUCCGGGGGGCUGCCGUCGGAGCGAUUUCAGGGGCGGUCUUCUCGAUCGAAGUCUUCGAGUCGUCCCUCGUUCUCUGGCGUUCGGAUGAAUCGGGGAUCGGGUGUCUCCUUUACUUGAUUGAUGUCAUCGUCAGCCUCUUAAGCGGGAGGCUUGUUCGCGAACGGAUCGGGCCGGCGAUGCUGAGUGCAGUGCAAAGUCAGAUGGGCGCUGUUGAGCCAAGCUUUGAGGAGGUUCACAACAUCUUUGACACGAGCAGCACUAAGGGCUUGCCUGGAGAUUCAGUCGAAAAGAUCCCCAAAAUAACCAUCACCAGCAAUGACAUGGAUGCUUCUGGAGAAAGAGUCUCUUGUUCAGUGUGUCUUCAGGACUUUCAGCUCGGAGAGACGGUGCGGAGCUUGCCUCACUGCAAUCACAUGUUCCAUCUCCCGUGCAUUGAUAAGUGGCUCUUGCGGCACGCAUCUUGCCCGUUGUGCAGAAGGGAUCUGUAAUCCUCUUAUAAAACGGAUCGCAGUGGGGAAAAAAAAAAGUUUCUUCUUUUAAUAUUUACAGAGGCGGUCGCUUUUCGGGAGGCUCUUCUCUUAUACAGGAUUUGCUGUAGACUUUGAUACAUUUUCUUUCUGUAGUUCUUAGUAAAGCCCCUGUUCCCUGAGAUGGAUCAGUGUAUGUACAAAAGUUUUGAGUGAUGAAAGAGUUAGCCAUUUCUCUCUCUA